CAAUGAGACCGGUUUUAGCGCACACGCUCCCAGGCGCGAAUCAUAAACAUUUCGGGUUUUCUGUCUCUUAGGCUUUUAUCAAUGAUAUGAAAUCGAUCAAAAAAUCAUAAUUAUGUUCUAGUUAGUGAUCAGGGUAGAAUAUAGACAUUUGGGGUCAAAUAUGCCUGAAAUGUCUUGCAAACAUGCGAAUCAAUUCUUCACACAGAAGACAAAUGAGAUUGCAUAUAAAAAUAUCAUUAACCAUCUUGCUUUUCCAAAGUCCCAGCGUGGAUUCACUCAUAAGGCUACAUUAUGUUGUACUUUAUGCAAAACACGAGGUGAAGAUUUCGACGUUUGCAAUAAAGAUUUGAUAAGACCUAGAUGUUUACUCGCUUGUGCUCAUUGUAUUCAUUUCGCUUGUUGGGAUUAUCGUCAUAUAUAUUUACACAGGGAAGACCAUCCUGAUCAUUAUCUUUCUGUUUGUACAGAACGUGGUGAAUUAUUUUGUACUGGUUGUGGUGAUUUUGUUUACCAUUCUGUGGCUGAAACUUUUCAUCAGUCUGCAUGUCGCACUUAUUUAGCUCAAUUUGGUUUAUCCAAUCGUUAUUGGAGACCAUCGUUUAAUGAAUUACGUCUAAUACCUCAUAUUACUCCAGUAUUACCCUUAACUGUAAAUGGCUGCUCUGGAGCUAUGCGUGGUCUUAUCAAUAUGGGCAAUACAUGCUUCUUAAAUGUUGUCAUACAAGCGUUGACCCAUACACCCGUUUUACGUGACUAUUUGUUGGCUGAUUUACAUAGAUGUUCAAGUCCAACUCGAUCGCGUAAUUGUUUAGCUUGCGAAAUGGUUCGCAUUACACAAGAGUUAUAUAAACCUGUUGUUACUCCAUUUGUACCAAAUAAUCUACUAUAUGCAAUUUGGUUACACGCAAGUCAUUUAGCUGGUUAUGAACAACGGGAUGCUCAUGAAUUUCUUAUAACAUUGUUAACUUUAAUACAUGGUCAUCUUGUUGGCGAGGAAUCACCACACGAUCAUGAUGAGAAUUGUACAUUACCUGGACAAAAACUUAUCAAUGAUGAACAACAUUCUUCUAAUCCAAAUCGUAAUUUUAUUAGUACAAAUCAUAAUUUACUGCAUCAUCAUCAGCAGCAGCAUAAUAGUCAAGCGAUUAGAGAAACAUCGAAAAUAAUCAAUUCAACUGAAUGUAUUCCACAACCGGAUUCGAAUUCACAAGCAUCAUCAAUAUCUAGUUCUCGUGAAAGUUCCGAUUCUUGUGAUUGUAUUGUACAUCAGGUGUUUUUUGGUGAUUUGGAAUCUGUCAUAUCAUAUGAAGGUUGUGAGCAUAGAUCAUCAACAGUUGAUCCAUUCUUAGAUCUUUCAUUAGAUGUAAUUCAACGUGGUUCUACUUCAUUGCAAGCAUGUCUUGGAUCCUAUUUUCGACCGGAAUUAAUUGAUGGUUUAAUAUGGUGUUCACAAUGUAAUAUUGGUCGACCAGCUGUUAAACAAUUCAGUUUACUUCAUUUACCUAAUGUUUUAUGCUUUUAUCUCAAGCGUUGUCAUCAUGAUACGAAAAUCAAUACAUCGAUCACAUUCCCUGUUGAAUUGGAUAUGGCUCCAUAUUUACACCAAAUUGUCGGCGAUCAAUCAGCUUGGUAUGAUAAAUAUUCAUUAUAUGCUGUAUUAAAUCAUAGUGGUCAAACUAAUUCUGGUCAUUAUACUGCUUAUAUACGUGUUGGUCCAACAUCAUGGUGUUUAUGUGAUGAUCAAAAAGUUGUAUCAGUUAAUUUAAAUGAUGUUUUACAUACAGAUGCAUAUGUAUUAUUAUAUCAUAAAAAUUUAUUAGCUAUACGCAUUUAAAAUGGAUCUUUUUUUUACCCCCUCCCUCUCCCUCCUUUCCCUCUCUUUCCCCCCUCCCUCUUUCUCUUUUUCAUAUUUCUUCAAUUUAUUCUUCUCUCUUCUAGAAACUUCUUCAGUUGAAUUCUUUUUUUAAUGGUGAAAAAAUGUAUAUAUUUUUCUUUUUAAAAAAAAGAAAUCCAGGAUUCAUUGUUGUUAUUGUUUACUUCAUUAUUUGUCCAAUGUUCGACCAUUAUUAUUACUAUGACUAUUACUAUCACUACUACCACUACCACCACUACUACUAUUACUACCACCACUACCGCUACUACCACUACUAUCACCACCACUACUAACACUACCACCACCGCUACUACUAUGGUUAUUAUUAUUAUUAUUAUCAUAUAUUUUCAUCACUAGAGAAAUGAUAGUAUUAGUAUCAGUAAUAAUAAUAAUAAUAAUUAAAAGCAAAGCCAUUAGUCUUUCAUGGAUUGAUUAAAAGAGAGAAAAAAGAAAAAAACAACUUUACCUCUUUUAAUUGAUAACUAUUCAAUUUCAAUUUACCUCCCUUUGUAUCUCUCUUUGUCCCUAUCUCACUUGAUUAGAAAUAAGAAUUGUAGACACUUUAUUCUCUUGAUGAUUCUUUUUUGGUAAUGGUUGAUGUAUUUUUUUAAGAUAUCUAUGUAUUAUUGAAUAGAUUAUAAAAAGUAUUUAUUUUUUUGGAUAUUACUAUCAGUGGACAUCUUGGUAUAGAUAGAUCUGUAUAUGGAGUAUUCUUCAUUAUUGAUAAACCCUUUUUCCUUUGAUGAUAAUCCCAGUUCUUCUUCUUCGUCGUCUUCUUCUUCUUUGAUUAUUUCUGAACGUAUCUACUAUUGAUAAACCCUUUUUCCUUUGAUGAUAAUCCUAGUUCUUCUUCUUCUUCGUCUUCUUCUUCUUUGCUUCUUUCUGAACGUAUCUAUCUAUCUAUACAUAUGUAUGUCUAUUUUACAAAUGAUACAACUUUGUUUAUAUUGUAUUAUGAAAUUUGUAAGAAAUAUAUAUCUAUGUUUAUGUGGCUAUGUGUAUAUACACUGAUUUCUAUCUUUUAAAUAUGAUAUAAUAAAGAUAAGUAUCG